AUGGCCGGGCCUGGACGAAACACAAGUGAAUCCAGGAUUCACAAGACGAAGCAAAGGCGCAAGCACAAGACGCUGUGCAAGUCUCGGUCCGGGACCGAGACUCUUCAUGGUGUGUCUGCCGGGCAGACACAGGUGCCAACAGUGGCCGUCGAGACGUUGAACGUCUUGACGCGGGUCUGUACUGUAUACGAGUACGAGAAGAUGGAGUUGGAGAACCCUCCGACUGAUACGUCGGAGUUGAUCUCGCUUCCAGAACGCUUCAACGAGCAGAGUUGCAAGAUUCUGCGAGAGCACAUGGAUGUGCUCUCGGACGGGACUCCCGCGGAAGAAGUAUACCGACGCGACAGCGGCUACUGUCGCGGGAUCAAGCAAGGUGGGCGACGCAUUGCUUGUGUUCGGUGCAUGACUUCGCACCGAACUGCUUCUACAUGA